AGAAUACCUGCCAGUCCUGAGGCAGGAGUGAGGAGAGCUGGAGUUGUGGAAGUUGGUGAGGAAGUGUGGUGGCGGGGAGCUGUGUGGAUUUGGGGGACCAUUGAUCACAGUCUUAUUCAGCAUUGCCUUCUUUUAUCUGAACAAAUGCAUUGACUCAUCUGAUACGUCUGAGGAUGAUCGUGGUCAGGUGUGACAUUUUAAAGCACUUGGCAUAAUGGAAGCAAAGGAAGGAAAUCAGCUGACACAGGAGCCUGAGUGAGACUUGCGCAGAUGCAGCCUACACCAUGAAUUUGAGUUUACCUUCUAGGCGUUGAGAGGCAAGGGCAGGUGAAGUUGCUGGAGAGCAAUGGCUCUCUUUACUCCCUGGAAGUUGUCUUCUCAGAAGCUGGGCUUUUUCCUGGUGACUUUUGGCUUCAUUUGGGGGAUGAUGCUUCUGCAUUUUACCAUCCAGCAGCGAACUCAGCCUGAAAGCAGCUCCAUGUUGCGGGAGCAGAUCCUGGACCUCAGCAAAAGGUACAUCAAGGCAUUGGCAGAAGAAAACAGGAAUGUAGUGGAUGGGCCAUAUGCUGGUGUCAUGACAGCUUAUGAUCUGAAGAAAACUCUUGCUGUGUUAUUGGAUAACAUUUUGCAGCGCAUUGGCAAGCUGGAGUCGAAGGUGGACAAUCUUGUUAUCAAUGGCACAGGAACAAAUUUAACCAACUCCACCACAGCUGUUCCCAGUUUGGUAGCACUUGAGAAGAUUAAUGUGGCAGAUAUCAUUAAUGGAGCUCAAGAAAAAUGUGUAUUGCCUCCUAUGGAUGGCUUCCCCCACUGUGAGGGGAAAAUAAAGUGGAUGAAAGAUAUGUGGCGUUCAGAUCCCUGCUACGCAGACUAUGGAGUGGAUGGGUCCACCUGCUCUUUCUUUAUUUACCUCAGUGAGGUUGAAAAUUGGUGUCCUCAUUUACCUUGGAGAGUAAAAAAUCCCUAUGAAGAAGCUGAUCAUAAUUCAUUGGCAGAAAUUCGUAUGGAUUUUAAUAUUCUCUACAGUAUGAUGAAAAAGCAUGAAGAAUUCCGGUGGAUGAGACUUCGGAUCCGGCGAAUGGCUGAUGCUUGGAUUCAAGCAAUCAAGUCCUUGGCAGAAAAGCAAAAUCUUGAAAAGAGAAAGCGGAAGAAAGUCCUUGUUCACCUGGGACUCCUGACCAAGGAAUCUGGAUUUAAGAUCGCAGAGACUGCAUUCAGUGGUGGCCCUCUUGGUGAAUUAGUUCAGUGGAGUGAUUUAAUUACAUCUCUGUACUUACUGGGCCAUGACAUUAGGAUUUCAGCUUCACUGGCGGAGCUCAAGGAAAUUAUGAAGAAGGUUGUAGGAAACCGGUCUGGCUGCCCAACUAUAGGAGACAGAAUCGUCGAGCUCAUUUAUAUUGAUAUUGUGGGACUUGCUCAGUUCAAGAAAACUCUGGGACCCUCUUGGGUUCAUUACCAGUGCAUGCUCCGAGUCCUGGAUUCAUUUGGUACUGAGCCAGAGUUUAAUCAUGCAAAUUAUGCCCAGUCCAAAGGCCACAAGACCCCCUGGGGAAAAUGGAAUCUGAACCCUCAGCAGUUUUAUACCAUGUUCCCUCACACCCCAGACAACAGCUUUCUGGGCUUUGUGGUCGAGCAGCACCUGAACUCCAGCGACAUCCAUCACAUUAACGAAAUCAAAAGGCAGAACCAGUCCCUUGUGUAUGGCAAAGUGGAUAGCUUCUGGAAGAAUAAGAAGAUCUACCUGGAUAUCAUUCACACUUACAUGGAAGUGCAUGCAACUGUUUAUGGUUCCAGCACAAAGAACAUCCCUAGUUACGUGGAAAACCACGGUAUCCUCAGUGGACGGGACCUACAGUUUCUUCUGCGAGAAACCAAGUUGUUUGUUGGACUUGGGUUUCCUUAUGAGGGCCCAGCUCCCCUGGAGGCUAUUGCAAAUGGAUGUGCUUUUCUGAAUCCCAAGUUCAACCCACCAAAAAGCAGCAAAAACACAGACUUUUUCAUUGGCAAGCCAACCUUAAGAGAGCUGACGUCCCAGCAUCCUUACGCUGAAGUUUUCAUCGGCCGGCCACAUGUCUGGACUGUUGAUCUCAACAGUCAAGAGGAAGUAGAGGAUGCAGUGAAAGCAAUUUUAAAUCAGAAGAUUGAGCCGUACAUGCCAUAUGAAUUCACCUGUGAGGGGAUGCUACAGAGGAUCAACGCAUUCAUCGAGAAGCAGGACUUCUGCCAUGGGCAAGUGAUGUGGCCUCCGCUGAGUGCCCUGCAGGUGAAGCUUGCCGAGCCUGGGCAGUCCUGCAAGCAGGUGUGCCAGGAGAGCCAGCUCAUCUGCGAGCCGUCCUUCUUCCAGCACCUCAAUAAGGUCAAGGACCUGCUGAAGUACGAGGUGAUCUGCCAGAGCUCAGAGCAGGCCAAGGACAUCCUGGUGCCCUCCAUCGACCCCCAGAGCAAGCACUGUGUGUUCCAAGGGGACCUCCUGCUCUUCAGCUGUGCAGGGGCCAACCCGAGGCACCAGAGGAUCUGCCCCUGCCGGGACUACAUCAAGGGCCAGGUGGCCCUCUGCAAAGACUGCCUAUAGCAGCCCUGGCUCUCCUCUGCUCGCACUGUGCUGGGGAAGACAGCAGCUCUGCCAGGCAGGGCCAGGGGCAGAAGUCAUUCCAGGACUCUAGCCAGAGCCCGGACUUCUUGGUUGAAGGUUUUGCUCGGUGCUUCUCCUGCUGCUGCUGCAGUCAGUGCAUCUCAGGGGAGUUGUCACCAAAACAAAACGAGAGCAUUUGUCAGGCCAGGAGCCUGGCUUCUCCCUGGUACAACAGGCUUCAUUUCUACUUUGUGCGGAGCAACUGCAGAGAGACUGUCAAAGCAGCUGUUCCAGGGUAAAAAAAAAAAAAAAGAUAAAAACGUUUCAAGAUUCA